AUGGGACGUGGGUUUCCGUGGUGCUGCUUCAGUCUCUGUAGACCUCACGGCACUUGCUCAGGGGCUGCCACUGCUGCCAGAGUGAUUGACCGGUUUGAGGAAGGAGACGAUGGGGAAGGUGACUUCCUGGCUGUGGGUAACAUUCGGAAACUGGCCUCAGCCUCCCUCUUGGACACAGACAAAAGGUAUUCUGGCAAGACCACCUCUAGAAAAGCUUGGAAGGAAGACCAGUGGGAGCAUCCUCUGUCAGGUUCAUCCGACAAGGAAAUAUCUGAUGAGGAAGAGUCUGGAGAUGGCGAUUCAGAGGGGCUGGGGCUGGAGGAAUCUGAUGAGGAUGCCAUGAGUGCUGCUGAGGAACAGGAGUGUGGUGAUGAUGGGGACAGUAGUCUGGCCUGGAGGAAGGGGGACAGAAGCCACUCUGGGAAAACACCAGGCUUCACUAUCCAGAAUAUCAGUGACUUUGAAAAAUUUACUGAGGGAAUGGAUGACCUUGGUAGCAGUGAUGACGAGGAAGACGAAGAGGAGGAGAGUGGCAUGGAAGAAGGGGAUGGUGAAGAAGAUUUAGAGGGUGCCAGUGAGGAAGACAGGGCUGAAGACAGGAACAGUGAAGAUGAUGGUGUGGUGAUGACCUUCUCCAGUGUCAAAGUUUCCGAGGAAGUGGAGAAAGGCAGAGCUGUGAAGAACCAGAUAGCACUGUGGGACCAGCUCUUGGAAGGAAGGAUCAAACUACAAAAAGCUCUGUUGACUACCAAUCAACUUCCUCAACCGGAUGUUUUCCCUGUUUUCAAGGACAAGGGUGGCCCAGAAUUUGCCAGCGCCUUAAAAAAUAGCCACAAGGCACUUAAAGCACUGUUGAGGUCAUUGGUAGAUCUUCAGGAAGAGCUGCUCUUCCAGUACCCGGACACCAGGUACCUAGUAGAUGGGACAAAGCCCAAAGCAGAAAGUGAGGAGGAGAUUUCAAGUGAAGAUGAAGAGCUGGUAGGAGAGAAGAAGAAGCAGAAAAGGGCCCCACCAAAGAGGAAGCUGGAGAUGGAUGACUAUCCUGGCUUUAUGGCAAAGCGUUUUGCUGACUUCACAGUUUACAGGAACCGCACACUUCAGAAGUGGCACGACAAAACCAAACUGGCUUCUGGAAAACUGGGGAAGGGUUUUGGUGCCUUUGAAUGCUCAAUCUUGACUCAGAUUGAUCAUAUUCUAAUGGACAAAGAAAGAUUACUUCGAAGGACACAGACCAAGCGUUCUAUCUACCAAGUUCUUGGCAAACCCGAGCCAGCAGCGCAGCCUGUCCCAGAGAGUUUGCCAGGGCAACCGGAGAUUCUUCCUCAAGCUCCUGCCAAUGCCCACCUGAAGGAUUUGGAUGAAGAAAUCUUUGAUGAUGAUGACUUUUAUCACCAGCUCCUUCGAGAACUCAUAGAACGGAAGACCAGCUCAUUGGAUCCCAAUGAUCAGGUGGCCAUGGGAAGGCAGUGGCUUGCAAUCCAGAAGUUACGAAGCAAAAUCCACAAGAAAGUAGAUAGGAAAGCCAGCAAAGGACGGAAACUUCGGUUUCAUGUCCUUAGCAAGCUACUGAGCUUCAUGGCACCUAUUGACGAUACCACAAUGAAUGAUGACGCCAGGACAGAGUUAUAUCGAUCUCUUUUUGGCCAACUCAACCCUCCAGAAGAAGGCCACGGGGAUUGACAGCACCCAUCUCUCUUGCUGCAAGGCCUUGAGGGUGGCCUCCAGCCCGGCAGCGCCUUGGCCAGGUCGGCUGCUCAUCCAGCCCCAAGUGGAGGAACCCACUGGCCUAUGGGGUUGAGUGAGUCAGGGACUUCCUGGGAAGGUGUGCUGUUCAGAACACACGCCUAACCAAGUCCCAGGACGCCUGGAAUCACCUGUCUCUGUCUCUGGCACUUCCAUGUGCAAAGCACCCUUCCCCCGUGUCCUUGAGCCGCCACAAAUAAAGAGCGUUGUUACUGGC